UUUUUUUCUUUAAAAGGGCUUAAACUGAUGUCUUUGUGCUUGCAUAAAAUUUUAUCGAACUCGACCUUCAGUAAAUUUUCAACCAUCAAAACAUUGUGCCAAAGUGUUUUGUUUUUUUAGAAAGUCAAAAGUGGUAUACUCUGUGAAGUAGGAUGCCAUUAUCACCUAGAAAGGUGGCUCGUCAGCUGCUUCAUCAUCAGCACUCCAGUGGAGCUGAAAUGCCCAACAAUAUUCCAGAAAAUAUUCUACCUUUGAUGGAGAUGUCAUUAAAAGCACAAAACCAUUUUGAGAAAAUUGUGAUGGGACUUGACGAUUUGCGACGUAAAUCCCUUCUCUGUGACUAUACACUGAAAGCAGAUGACGAAAGCUUUGCCGUUCAUAAAAUUGUCAUGGUGGCAUGCAGUGAUUACUUUCAAGCAAUGUUGACAAGUAACAUGAAAGAAUGUAAGGAGAAAACUGUUGAGUUGAAAGGAAUCACAGCCAAUGGUUUGAGAAUCAUUGUGGACUUUGCAUACACAGGAGAACUCAAAUUAAACACGCAAAAUGUUGAAGAUGUUCUAUCUGCUGCAACUCAUUUACAAGUAAGUGAUGCAAUGAAUCUGUGUAGCAAAUAUCUGGAAGCGUCAAUAUCUGUCCAAAACUGCGUUGAUAUUCUGAACAUUGCUGAGCUUUAUUCUUUGGAACCUUUGCAUCUUGCAUCGACACGAUUUAUGCUCCACAACUUUGAGGAAUUGGCAGAGUCUGAACAGUAUUCAAUUCUAAAUAGUGUACAAUUAUCACAACUUCUUGCAAAAAACAGUCUCCGUGUCACAUCAGAGUUUAUGUUGUUCAAUCUGGUGUUGAAAUGGAUUCGGUACGACCCAGCAGAAAGGGAGCAGUUUGUGUCAGAACUGAUACAAAAUAUCAAACUCCCUCUGAUGUCUGGAGAAGAACUUGUUGAGAAGGUCAGUAAAGUUUCCAUCAUGAAGCAGCACCCUGAAUGCAGCAGUCUACUUACAGAAGCCAAGGACUAUCACAUCGUUGUCAGCAAGCAACCGCUACUCCAGAACAAGAGAACCCAGGUCCGCUCUGACACGCCCGUUCUUGUCAUGUGCCAUGCUUCAAAUUUAGAGACAUUCAAUUUCAAGUCUAACAAGAGAGGUUAUCUUAAGGAAGCUAUUGUGCCUCUAUAUAAUCCAUCAGUGGCUGUGGUGGAUAACUUCUUGUACACCUGUGGGGGGAAAUACGAGGGGGCUGGAAGCAGCACAGACAUCGCAACGGCCCGCUGUUUUAGAUAUGAUCCGAGAUUCGAUACAUGGUUUGAGCUGGCCUCCAUGAACGAACCAAGAAAAGACUUUGUCUUGCUGGCUUUGGGAACAAAGCUUUAUGCAAUAGCAGGACAGGAUGAAAACAAAGUGAUGCACACUGUGGAGUGCUAUGACAUUAUGAGCAAUGAGUGGGGAAUGAGGCAGCCAUUAAGUCGCCAUGUCUACGGACAUGCAGGAUGUGUAUGUAGUGGGAAAAUUUACGUGUCAGGGGGACAGGUUUUUGCAGGAACAUGGAAAAAACUUUUUGCUUAUGGUCCUGAGGAAGAUACUUGGGAAGAGCGAGCUCCAAUGUUGCAAAACAGACUUAAUCAUGUGAUGAUGGAAGUACAGGAGAAAAUCUACGUCAUUGGUGGAAACAUAGAAGAUGCAUAUGGGUUUCCUAUUCCAAUAACAGAAAUUGAGAAAUAUUGUCCAAUUGCCAACCAAUGGAUGGUGUGCAAGGCCAAAUUCAAUAUUCGGGAGGCAGGAUCCUGUGUGUUGAACAAUGACAUUCUCAUUGUUGGGGGAAUAGGGGGAGAGCAUUACUUGUCGGAAUAUGUGCAGAAGUAUGACCCCGAGAAAGACAAAAUGGAAAUCGUGGAACAUUUUGCUACCAGAAUUAAUGGCAAGGCGUGUGCUGUUCUAACUCUCCCUCACUAUAUGUAGAGUCAGACGACAAAUGCAUAACUAAAUCUCAAAUGGAAGUUGUGAAUUUAGCUCAAGUAGUAAUGUGGUUCCCAGAUUUUUUAGAAAAUAUUCUGAAUACCUUUGACGUAAAAACCAGACUUUAAGUUUAAAUACAUAUACUAGUACCUUGCACAUUUUAAGAUCCAGUAUUAUUUGUAAAAUUCACUACGGCGGUAAUUUAUGUAAUCCAGACGGAUGAAUUCAAAACAAGUAACGUACACUAAACUGUGUUCGCUGGGUUUUUUUUUACAAUCAGGAUUACAUGCAUUAAAUGGAAAAUUAAGAUAACUAUUUUAAUCUGUUGAUUUCAGUGUCAUUCAUUUGAUAAUGUUUAUUCAUUUACUUUUGACAAAUGGCAUAUUUAACAUGUACCAGACUAUGAUGCAAACAAUUAUACAAUCAGUUUUAAUUUUACAUGUAUGUAUAUGUAUAUUUUCCUAACUUGUUGAAAUUUUAGAACAGUCAGUCUUUUUUUUAAUAGGUCUUCUGUUCUGUGUAUGAGGACUUCUAUACAACAUUUUCUUCGUAAAAGUGAUUUAUAUGAUACAUUUAUUUCUCAACUUCAUGGCUUUUGCUGUAUUAUCUUGUCCUGUUACCUCUUUACUCAGUAGUAUAUCAAUGGUUAGGUGGUAUCAAUUCAAACAAAACUUCAUUUAGUGUCUUCUCCUGAUCUUUUUCCAUACAUAUGUGCUGUGUUAGAUGAUGUGACUUACAAUACAUGUAUGUAUUUGUUAUAAUUGAGUUGUGAUUUUAUUUUAUUUUAUUUUUUGGGCUUUAAUACUUAGACAAAUAUGCAUUAUGUUUAUUUACUGGUUUUCUUUAUAAAGUACUUGUCUCUUCCAAGAAAGGACCCAGGGACAUUAACUUUAACCAAAUAUAUGGGGGCUUAGCUACAAGUACUCUUCAAAGAGAAUUAACAUGUAGUACCCCGGUAAAUGCUAAUGUAUUGUAUUUUCCCUAGAUGUUAGAAGUUGAUUGUACUGUUUUAUUGUUUGCGAGCAUUUCCCUUUAUUCUAUCUUAGUUUGUUUUGUGAUUUAUUUAUUAUUAAGUAUUUUUCCCCUGUCAGAUCUGUCAGAGAAAGAAAUAAAAAUUAUUAAAACAUGA